AUGGCCCGCGGGCAACAGAAGAUCCAGUCGCAGCAGAAAAAGGCUAAGAAGCAGGCUGAGCUGAAGAAGGCUAAGGGGCACGACCAAAAGACUGCGGCCAAGGCGGCGUUGGUCUUCACCUGUGCCGUGUGCAGGUCGCAGAUGCCCGACCCCAAAACCUUCAAGCAGCACUUUGAGAGCAAGCAUCCCAAGUCUCCUCUUCCCCCUGAGCUGGAGGGCGUAGAGGCAUGA